AUGUGUCUACAGGUGGUGGAACGAUACUCGGUGUGUCGAUGCUUAUACUACAAACACGCUGUCGACCCCUGCGCCGCGAGGGCGCAACGAGGGCACUGUGUCCAGGAGAAAACCGUCCUAGUCGGCUACGCUUGCGAACAACAUUCUAAAUAUCGGUCACAGCCCGACAAACGGAGACACCAAUUGUCUGAUUCGGGCUAUGCAAGUGGCGGCUGGAGCUCUUAUAUACCGUGA